AUGGAUACUGCCAGAAGCGAAGGCACGUUGACUGCAAGUCAGAGUAUGGAUUCGGUGAACCUGGUGCCCGAAGAAGAGGGCCAGUUGGUCCGGUUGGCUCUCGGCUCCGUCGUUGCGACACGUGACCGCCCGAACCGGCUGGCCGUCCGACCUUCUGUUCGCUGCCGUGAGUGUGCCAAUUGUUCGUCGAUAGUAGCGUCGCAUCGCGGCAUUGUUCGGUUGUCAAGAGGACCAAUCCUCGGUGGCCACUUUUUUUGCUAUGACCUUAUCUUGAAAACUUGCAUCACCUGGAGACCUGUGGUCCCCGUUUUCUGUGACAAAAAGCUGACCUUCACGAACGACUCGGCGGCAGUGGUUCAUGUACGUGUGUCUCUCGGUUUUGCGUUCGGCUCGCUAGCGGCCGCCAUCAUGUCAUCUGCACGGCUGCCUCGGGAAAUGGCGUUGAUCGUAAAAUAA